AUGCUCGCUCAGUACGAAACGAAAUCGGGUCAGAGCAGUCCGGUCCCUUCGCCCAAGAUCGAUGCAAUCAGCAGACCCACGUUCGGCUUCGAUGACAUUCGUGACGAUCGUCGAGCGCCACUCGCUUCCGGUUCACCCUCAGCCUACGCGCCUGGUUCACCUUCCAAUCUCGCGCCCCAACUGACUUCACAGUCCCGUUCGCCCUCGCCUUUGCCCAAAUCCUCCCCUGGUCCUGCACCGACCCGCGUGCUCGGCGCGCCAGAACAGUGUUCUCGCUGUGGAUCGACAGUCUACUUUGCAGAACGAACACUCGCUGUUGGCAAGGUCUGGCAUAAACGGUGCCUGCGAUGCGCGGGCGACAAGUGUGGCAAGGCUCUAGACAGUCAUCUUCUCGAGAGCAAUGGUCUCCCAUACUGCAAAAGCUGUCAUUCUCGCCUCGAAGGUGGCGUACAGCAGCAAGGCUUCGUCCCGAUGGCAACGCCAGAUAGAGCAGGACGGAUUCGUCCGCCAUCGCCCACGCCGAGCAUGCUCGAAACGCUCGACCGUCGGCCUGACCGAAUUUCUGUGCGCUUGCCACGAACACCAGCACCAGCUGCGGCUUUCCGAUGGCGAGACUUGAGCGUCAGAACAGGUCUGUACCAUCAUCAGAGCAGACCGAGCCAGCGCGAUCUCGGUCGCAAUAGUGUGAGAGCGAGACAGCGUCGGAUCGCCUUUUGCACAUUGAGAGCUAUCCUCAUCUUGCUCAUUCUUGCUGGCACUAUUGCCUCGUAUAUCAUCUCAGCCAGCUUGAUCGCUCAGGAGCUCGACGAGCAGCGUAGAGACCUCGACAGACCUCUCAUCGUCAUCAACGAGGGCAUCAAUGGAGCUAGCUCGGCUGGCUUCAUGAUCAACCCUGUCAGCCUGGUCUUCCUUCACAUCAUCUUCAUCGUCAUCAUCCUCGUGGAGACCUAUAUCGCUUGGGCAUUCACGCGCGCACUGGCUUGGAUGUGGAUGCCUGCUAAGCCAAGAUCGACGCCACAAGCCAACUCAGCAGAGGCAAAGAUGUGCUCCGCUAGUAAGCUCAAACGGGGUGGUCUGCGCAUACUCGUCGCAAUAUAUGGUCAUCCGCCCGUGUCAGCUCGUCGCAAACCUAGAUUGCCCACAUACGACGUUGCGCUCCGUCAGCCUGUCAAUCACGCAAGACGCAUUCGCAGGGAUACUCGUGCGCUGCAAAUGAGAGGCAUCGAUAUAGAAGACGAUUUGCCAGAAGAUACACGCACUCUGCCAGGCGAUCUCGGUACGGGCGAUUGUGAGGAUCUCGAGCUAGAGAGGCUACGACGCAUGGGCGGUGUGCCGCCUGCUUAUCAUACGCGCGAGAACAGACAUUCGACCCUGCUUCUAGCCGGACCACAGGAUCCUCGUCUCAGCGGAUGGCGUCACUCGCUGCUGUCCAUCUUCAGCAUUCCCACUGACCGCGAAGAGGAUCAUGAUCACGCGACACAGCAGAUCGAACAGCAAAGCUCGCAUGGUACACCCAUCGCGUCGACAGUCAAUUCGUGCCCUACUGCCUUAUAUCAGCAGGUGCGCGCAUCGGCGUCAACACUCGUUAUCGCUGUGCAAGGACGACGCACUUCGACCGAGCCAAACGACGAAGAGGCGGUUCUGAGAUCGACGCCAAGCACGAACAACGGCAUGCAGAACCCUGUCGAUACUACAGCUCCAUCUGUCAUCGCGUAG